CUUUCUAAGAAUUUUAGUACAUGCGCACACCAAAGAAAUUAUAUUUUCUCUUUUACUGAACGAAGAAGCAUGGACGCGGAAGAUGUCGUGAUAAUAAAAUUAUAAAGCCAUGGCUGGGGGAAUCACGGAUCUAAAGUUUUUAGAUGAAACUGAUCUUUCUUCAGAGGAGCAGAAGACUAUUCAAGAUAUCCUUAAUCCUGCUAAUAGUGCUUCUGGAGUAGAGCUACCAUGGGAUUUUUUGUCAUCAAGGAAUGUGGUAUUGGAAUCCACUGUUGCAACAGUUGCUUCAUACAGUAAUGCUCAACAAUUUACCUACACAAUUCCAUCUCAACAUGCACCUUUGUCCAUAUCUCCACAUGCAGACCUUACAGUGCCACCAAGAAAUAUUAAUGCAGAAACUGGUGUGCCUGUGCCAAUUGCUUCCUGCGUACCUCCUUAUACAGGCCAUCCCCCGUGUGUCAUAUCUAGCACAGUGCCAUAUCCCUAUCCCUAUCAGGUUGAAGUUCCCAUAACACCUUGCACUGUAACAUUAUCUACAAGACCUGAUAUAGUGACUAUCCAGCAAAUGCAGCCGCAUGUUACUUAUGCUAGUCAGAUAUCUUCUGAUCAAGGUAAUGCAGUCAAACCAAUUAUCCAAAGGUCUGAAGAAAUCUCAUUAACAAGUAAUAAGAUAUCUAAUUCUAUAACAAACAAUAUUACAAGUGAAAUAAGGACCAAUAUAAAUGCUCCACAGAAAGAUGGAGUUUUACCAGCAGAAUCAGUGUCAAGGGUUGCAACAAAUAGUGAUUCACAGCAACUGACACAAGCAGUCCCGUCUUCAGUGCCUUUUAUGUGUGGUGAUACAGUCCCCAUGCCGGGUCCAGGGCCCAAUUUUCCCAGAAUGCCUUCUUUUCCAUACCAACCUGCAUCCCCUCAGGUUGCAUUCUAUGCACCAAUUUAUAACUUGCCCUAUCAUGGAUGUAUAGCUCCAUCGACAUCAACUGUUCCAAAUACAACAACAAUGGCAACUGUAACAAAUAAUGAAUGGGUAAAUAAUACACCUAAUGUACUUCCUGUUUUUGCUGUUCCCAAUAUUACAUCAUCAGGAGUAAAUAAUAAUUGGGUUAAUAAUGAGCAUAAUUCACUUCCUGAGGCUGGUUGCAACAAUGAUCAUAUUAAUUUUCUUCCUGUACCUGCUCAUUUUGAACAAAUAAAUAAUCCUUGCGAUAUUUCCAAAAAUAAUGAAGAAAAAAUAGAUAAUACAGAAGAAUCAAAAUCUAUUGAUUUAAUUUGUGAAAAGAAAAAUAUGCAAUCUCAUUCUAUUUUAUCCAAUGGAGAAAAUAUACCCAAUGAACUGGAAACAACAGAAAAAAAGAAUACAGAUGAAAAGAAUGAAGUCAAUUGUAGUGCAGAUGACAGUACUUCUGAUGAACAUACCAUAAAAACUGAUACAAAACCUUUGUUAGAUAAUAAUACUAAUAAUAAUUCUCCAGUAGAAAAACCUAAAUUUAUGUGGAGUGAUUUGUUUAAGAAGGAAAAGUCUAAUCAGGGAAAUUCAAGACAAGUAAUUUUAUCACCCAUAACAUCAGAGAUAAUUAAAGAAAAUACAAGUCCUAUAACUAAAAUUUCAGAAGUGUCUUGUGCAGCAAGUUUAAAUGAAGAUGAAAUGGUUGGAGUAUUAGGAAAAUUAUUACAGGAAGUAAAACUUGAUCACACAGCUCCUUCAUUGAAACCUAGAGGUCUUGUUAAUAGAAGAAACUGGUGUUACAUUAAUGCUACAUUACAAGCACUUUUAGCAUGUCCUCCUUUUUAUAAUUUGCUAAAAUCUUUUCCUGCAAAUAUGGAUAAAGAAAAAAGAAAAUCUUGCACCCCAAUCAUGGACAGUUUAGUAAAAUUUGUUCAUGAAUUUCCACAUAUGCAAAUUGUCACUUCAACAAGCAAAGAUGAUUUUCCUGUUGGAUCAGCAUUUGAACCUAUAUACAUAUAUAAAAUGUUGAGUGUCAUCAAAUCUGUCUGUGUAAAGGGUCAGCAGGAAGAUGCUGAAGAAUUUUUGAGUUGCAUAUUAAAUGGAUUACAUGAAGAAAUGUUGUCUGUAAUGAAAAGUUUGCAAAACCAUAAUACUCAUGCCUGUAAUGGUAACAUAACUAUUAAUGGCCAUUUGGAUGAAAAUGAGGAAGAAGCUUGGCAGUUGAUAGGCCCUAAAAAUAAAAGCAUGGUUACAAGAACAGCUAGUAUUUCUCAGUCUCCAAUAUCAGAUAUAUUUGGUGGGAAAAUAAGAUCCAUUUUAACAGCUGGAAAUGAACAUUCUGCAUUUAUUCAACCAUUCUUUACAUUACAAUUGGAUAUUCAGGCAGAGAAGGUAGAUUCUGUAUCUGGAGCUUUAAGUCAGUUAACAGCCAAAGAGCCUAUUCAAGGUUAUACUUGUGCAAAAACAAAACAAGAGGUUGAAGCCUACAAAAGUAUUCUGUUGGAAAAACUUCCCCCCAUUUUUAUUCUUCAUUUUAAAAGAUUUGUUUAUGAUAAAGAUGGUGGCUGCAAAAAAGUUAUCAAGAAAACUGAUUAUCCAGUUGAAUUGGAAUUAGGAAAAGAAUUUCUUUCACAUGAGAUGAAGAGGUUGAAACACUUGCAUGUGUAUAAACUGAUUGCAGUUGUAUAUCAUGAUGGUGAAGAAGCAGUCAAAGGACAUUAUAUAGCAGAUGUUUAUCAUUGUAAUAGUGAUACUUGGCUGCGUUGUGACGAUCGCAACAUCAGUGUUAUUUCUGAAGCUCAAGUGUUACGGCACAGUCCUCCACGUGUUCCUUAUUUACUAUUUUAUCGAAACGUGGAAACAAUCCGUGGAUCUUCACAGUCUAAAUGAAGGGUGCUAGAAAUAAUGGCAAAAAUGGAACUAAAGUGCAUAUAUAAUCAUGCUGCCACAAAGGAGAUUUUUCUCCCUGCUCAUAUUUCCAAAUCCAUAUUGGAAAUGGCACUUCCCUUUUGACUAUGCCAUAUCAUUUCCUUGUCAAUAGCUUUACAGUUAAUUUUCAUUUGUGCUUUGCCUUGCUUAAACAUCGAGAAUAUUCCAAAAGUGAUUUUGAUAAACAACUGUUUGUGUAAAAAAAAAAUACUGUGAUAAAAGAUAUAAUUGGCAAGAAACUUAGUAUCAUUUUUUGUAACAAAUUCAAGUUUAAAAUGUUAUGAUAAAAAUCAGUUAAGAUGAAAGAAUAGCACAUUGACUUAUCAUGUUGAUUUAUAUAUAUAUGUGUGCGUGUAUGAAUACAUAUAUAUAUAUAAAUAUAUAUAUGAAUGUAAGAAAACUGACAUCUGUACAGAAACUCAUUACCUGGUGGUAGUGUUGUAAAAUUUGAAGUGCAAAACCAAAUGAUUUCACCAUAAUAUUUGUAAUUUAAUAGGAUCUCAUGUUUGUUAUUGUGUAGUUAUAAACAUACUUCAGAGGAAACUGGAGUUAAAAUAUGGUUGGAAUAUUGGAAUACCAGACAAAUCACUGUUUUAGUGAUACUUGUUUGUGGUAUUGAUAUAAAUUGUAUGAAAUUUUCAGUUACAAGAAUAGUUAGUAAAUACCUCAAAAAAAAAAUAGACCAAAUUGUCAAAAAAUAGGGAUUUAGGUGCAAAAAUUCUUACAACAGCAUUGCAAAAUCAUGAAUUUAAUCAUAGUUAUUGUCUAUUUUUUCCCCAACUAAGGAGUGCAUUUUUGUAUUUUGUGUUUAAAAACUUAUGCUAAUUUAUAAGAAAGCAAAUUUACCAUAGAUUUGAUUGGAUUCAUUUUAUUAAUGUUAAUGUUUUAUUAUUAUUUUUUAGAUUGAAAUUUUGAUGUUCUUAAAAUUUUUGUCACUAAUUGUUGAAUCUUUUAUUGCAUAUAAAAAAUUGUAUUGAGAAAGAAAAAAUAUUUCAAGACUUUGUUCCAUAGUUAUUAGUAUACUUUGAAUUGUAAUACUUGUUAUAAAACAGUAUUUUUAACGGAAAAAAGAAUGUAAGUGUGUAAAAGAAGUAUAAAAGAUAAGUUUUUGGCCAGAAUAUUUUUAAUCAACUUUUUCAUGUUUCAUUCACACUCAAGUAUAUAAUGGCCAAAAAAAAAAAGAAUUAUAAAAAUUAGAAUAUGUGAAACGCAUCGAAUUCCCAUCUUUUAUACAAAACGUUGGUAACAGACUGAAAUUCGGUGAGAAUUAAACGAGGAAAUACACAGGAUCAUCAUCGCAGUACUCGAAUUCUGUGAGUGCUUUACAAAGAAUUAACGAAUAGAACCGCUUCAAAGCAUUACUGCUCUUGGAUUCUGACCCAGUAAUUCUAAUUUUAUACACUUAAACGACGGACUUAUGUAAAGAUUGAAAUCUAUUUUCCGUAUGGCUUCAUUAUAAUGAUAGUAUAUGCUGUUUUCGGAUUAAUUACCCUCGUCUUGUAAAUAAUUAUUAAAUACAAUCAUAGAUGUAAAUUAUCCCCAUUUGUAACUUUGAAAAGUAAAGUAUAUUUGUUGUGGGAAUUUUUAA